AUGGCAGCGCCCAGCCAGAUCCUGACGUUAUACCCCCUGGACACAAAGCCUGCCACUGGUCCUGAAACCACUAAUCGUGAUUCCCAUAAUCCUAAUAUCAUUAGUCCUGAUACAACUAGUCCUGAUGCCACUAGUCCUGCUACACCUAGUCCUGUUGCCACUAGUCCUGUUGCCACUAGUCCUGAUGCCACUAGUCCUGAUGCCACUAGUCCUGAUGCCACUAGUCCUGAUGCCACUAGUCCUGAUACACCUAGUCCUGAUGCCAAUAGUCCUGGUGCCACUAGUCCUGAUACAACUAGUCCUGAUGCCACUAGUCCUGAUACACCUAGUCCUGAUGCCACUAGUCCUGAUGCCACUAGUCUUGAUGCCACUAGUCUUGAUGCUACUAGUCCUGAUACAACUAGUCCUGAUGCCACUAGUCCUGCUACACCUAGUCCUGAUGCCACUAGUCCUGAUACACCUAGUCCUGAUGCCACUAGUCCUGAUGCCACUAGUCCUGAUACACCUAGUCCUGAUGCCACUAGUCCUGAUGCCACUAGUCCUGAUGCCACUAGUCCUGGUGCCACUAGUCCUGGUACAACUAGUCCUGAUGCCACUAGUCCUGAUGCCACUAGUCCUGAUGCCACUAGUCCUGGUGCCACUAGUCCUGAUGCCACUAGUCCUGAUGCCACUAGUCCUGAUACACCUAGUCCUGAUACACCUAGUCCUGAUACACCUAGUCCUGAUACCACUAGUCCUGAUGCCACUAGUCCUGGUGCCACUAGUCCUGGUACAACUAGUCCUGAUGCCAGGAUGCAGUGUCCUGAAACACACUGCCUAUAA